UGUCAAAUCUUAUCCCACAAUAUGCUGACAAGCAUGGACUCAAUUCCUCUUCAAUCUGGAUAUAUUAUUGAUUUGCGGUCCAAUUUUCUUAAAGGGUCACUACCUAUUCCUGGGAAUUCCACAGCAUUUUUCUUCAUAUCAGAAAAUAAUCUUAGUGGGGAAAUUCCUUCAUCUAUUUGCAAUUUGAAAUCAGUGCAACUUCUAGAUUUGGCGAGAAACAACUUGAUGGGAGCAAUUCCACAAUGUUUCGGUAAUAUCAGUGGCCUCCUGGUUUUGGAUAUGCACAACAACAAUCUUUCUGGGACUCUCUCAAUGUCUUUUGGAAUCGUAAGUGAACUUAGAAGCCUCAACUUGCAUGGAAAUGAACUAGAGGGGAAAAUCCCUCGAUCUUUGGCCAAUUGUGAAGCGUUGCAAGUUCUUGAUUUAGGCGAUAAUCACCUAAACGGCACAUUCCCCAUGUGGUUGGGAACUCUGCCAUAUCUGCAAGUUUUAAGCCUGAGAUCAAACAAGUUGCAUGAAUCUAUUAGAACUUCAAGGAUAGAAAACAUGUUUCCCCAGCUUUGCAUCAUCGAUCUCUCUUACAAUGCCUUCUCGGGAAACUUACCUACAAGUCUGUUUCAACAUCUGAAAGCCAUGAGGACAAUUGACCAAUCAUUGAAGGCACCAAGAUCAUCUUACAUAGAAUCAUAUUACCAAGAUUCUAUUACAAUUGCAACCAAGGGAAUGGAUCGUGAAAUUGUGAGAAUCUUGUAUUUGUACACCGCUCUUGAUCUUUCAAAUAAUAAAUUUAGUGGGAAAAUUCCAAGUAUUAUUGGGGAUCUCGUUGCACUUCAUGUGCUGAGUUUAUCUCAUAAUGGAUUGCAAGGUCAGAUACCAUCAUCACUCGGAAAUUUAUCUUCAAUUGAAUCAUUGAAUCUAUCCGUUAACCAACUUUCGGGUAAGAUACCACCACAACUGGCUUCUCUUACAUCUCUUGCAUUCUUAAAUCUCUCCCACAAUCAUCUCCAAGGAUGCAUCCCUCAAGGACCUCAAUUUCAUACAUUCGAGAAUAAUUCAUAUGAAGGUAAUGAUGGAUUACGCGGAUUCCCCAUUUCAAAAGGUUGUGGCAAUGAUCAGGUGUCAGAGACAAACUAUACUGAAUCUGCUCUAGACGAUGAAGAAAGCGAUUUUGAAUUUCUUAGUGACUUUUGGAAAGCUGCUCUUAUGGGGUAUGUAAGUGGACUAUGUAUUGGAUUAUCAAUAAUAUAUUUCAUGAUUUCAAAUGGAAAACCGAUAUGGCUUGCAAGAAUCAUUGUAGAGCUGGAGCACAAAAUAAUGAUGGGAAGGAGAAAGACGCAGCGAAGGCAAAGGAAUAACAGAAGAAGUAAUCACCUUUAG